UGCCAUUCUGUGGAUCUAAUUGGCUUCACAGCAAACCUGUCCCCUGUUGCGAGCAGGGAAAGGUUUCUUCUUUUAGGCAUCAUGGAUGAUAAAAUAGCCUUAUUCUUACUAUUGUCCCCUUAUAAAAACUAUUGGACCCACAGUCUGCCACAUAUUUAAUCCCCAGCUUUCUAAAGAACCUUUAUUUCAUUGCUCUGUCUGUUCCUGAUCUAAAACAAUAUAUAUUUCUAGAUUGUCUAUAUUUUUUGGGUGGAAGUGACACGAUUACGCGCCCCGAUAACUCUUCCAACCUGUGUGGAAGGAAGCAGGAAGCGUUUGGGAUGAGCCAGUAGUGGGUGAACGCGGCUCGCUGUCGCUUUAAAUGACACCACCUCCCAGCGGGUCUGGGGCGAGUUUUUUUCGCUGCAACAAACACAGUUUCGUGCAACAGUUCAGUCUGCAGCUGAGUAAAAACCACACGCACCAGCGGCCCGCCGCGCACGGCAGAGCAGGGGAGAGCAGGGGGCCGGAUGCGAGCUGCUUCCAACCCGGGGAGGGACGCCAGGGCGCCACGCGGACUGUGGAGUCGCCUCCAGGUGGUGAUCCGCUGAGGAACGGAGCCCGCAGCUGGACAUGGAUUAGCCUACUGGAGCCCGUCGUGGCAGUGUGGGAUUUAGUUAAGACUCAGGGCAACUCCGCGCCCCCCCCACCCCACCCCACCCUCCCCUCCCGUCUCCUCCAGAGGAGUCAGUGCCAAAGCCAAAUAGAAAACAGGUGGAUCCUGUUUCACUGCGCGGUUUCGAUCCCCGUCUCCAUCCCGAUGGGGAACCAGGUGGAGAAACUAACGCACCUAAAUUACGCAGAGGUGCCCACGUCAGACCCGAACGGGUUCGACCCGGACGGCGACGGGCCGCGGAUCGGCGUGUCUUAUAUCUUCUCUAAUGACGACGACGACGACCAGGACGACCACCUGGACCACUUUCCGUCGGACAGUCCGGCGGAGGAGCACGCGGAGAAGCCCUUCGACCCCCUGGACGAGCUGGACUGCGCCAUCCUGUACCGGGAGGAGUGCGCGUACGAGAGGCGCGCCGGGGCCGCCGGCCACUCUCCGGAAAGCCUCCUGAACAAGUGCCAGCCGGGGGACCUGCUGGAGUUCGUGGCCACCGGUCAGUACCCGCACUGGGCGGUGUACGUCGGGGACUUCCAGGUGGUCCACUUGCACCGGGCCGAGAUCAAGAACAACUUCCUGACCGACGUGAGCCAGGGCAAGGCGGGCAGGAUCGUGAACGGCCUCUACAGGUACCGCGCGCUCCCGCCGGAGGUGAUCGUGCGCAACGCGCUGGAGCACGUGGGCUCCCGGGACAGAGAGCUGUGCUGGAGGAACUCCGAGUGCUUCGCCGCCUGGUGCCGCUUCGGCAGGCGCGAGUUCAAAAUCGGAGGGGAGAUCAGGAUCGGGAAGCAGCCGUACAGGCUAAAACUGCUCUUUUCCGAGAAGAAAAGCCAUAUCCUGGAGUUCCAGAGUCUGGAGGACGUGAUCAUGGAAAAGAGGAGGAACGACCAGAUCGGCAAGGAGGCUGUGAUGCAAGAGCUGGCCAACCAUUUGAAUGCCACACAGGAAAUCAAAGACCAGCACUUUAACUGACAGUGAGGAUUUUGAAGGUUUGGUUUAUAGGGGACGCUCACUGGAAAUGCACAAGGUGGGAAAAGGAGGGCAUGCUUACAGAUGGAGGAGCACUGGUACCUUCAGUAGGCCAGUCCAGAGCUCUGUUCACGACCACGUGCAAAUCCAGAGGGCUGUCUGGAGUUCUUUGUCCGACUGUCACUGUGGAUGCAAGAAUAAGGGACUUGAUGUCCAGGCCAAUCAUUUUAGCGAAGAAGUCUGAAUUUCAUUACCCAUAAUUAUUUUUCUAAUCAAAAGGAGUGGCGAGGUGCCCUGUGCUUUUACCUGACCUGAAAGUGCUUGCCCCAGUCAAACUCAGGUGUUGGAGUCUAAUACAGAGUAAAACAAAAAAAGAAAAACAGAAAAGACAACCUGUGGCUCUUGUUGUGAUUACUGUACCAAUCAUGAGGAUUCCCUUGUGUUGCUUUAUAUCCAACUGUGUCACAGCUUUACCGGUAGACGUUGUCCAUAGCCAUGACUGUGCACCUUUAAUGAUCCGACAUUUUCAACAGUUUCUAUUUUUGGAGAGAAAAAAAAACAGAUGUUUGUAUGAAGACUUGUGGAAAUAAAUAUAUAUUUGAAGAGUAAAGCUUUUUUUUUAAAUGUCUUUUUUAGUGAGGGAUUGCAGCCGGCCUUCUCAGUGUCCAGUGGGAAUGUUGCUACAGUGAGCGUUAAUCAUUUCAAACCACAGACUUCAGGUUGGAGAGGGAAGGUUAUCUCGCAUUCUGAGCAGUGGCUCUUGUUGUGCUCUGCACUGGUGAUUUAAAAGGAUUUCUCACCCUGGAGGAGUCACAGCUCCUCUUGUUCAACUGGUGAGGUUUUUGUCGUCUCAAGAGGGUGAAAGUUGGCUGUACUGAUGCUCUGAUCUACAAGUAAUUAAUCUAAAUAUUCAUGUCACACUGGCGGCAAGCUGAGAUGAUUUAAAGAUCGGACGGGUUUUUUUUACUACUGUCGAGACGAGGUGCAGAAAUACUGGGCAUUUGGUUUUGUUUACACCUCUGCUCACUGAAGAUAAGUCGUUUUUUACUUUCAAGUUUUACCGCAGGCUAAAAAAUGCCUUUGGUCCUAUGUUUACCACUACAUGAACUGAAAAGGUUCAGUCUUAUUUCUGUGCACCAAUAAAUGGGUAGGAUUUUUCACCUGAA